AUGGGCGAACAGGUGGCCAAUGGCGACACAUUCAGUUACAACAAGCACGUGCGCGAUCUAUCCAUGACACAAGCUUCCAUUCCAAUACAACAUUUCACGUGUAGACGUCUUUACAUUGCUUCUUUUGCGUUGAACAUGUUGGAUGAUGGUACCUCUGGCAGCAACAAGACAUUGAUCUCAAAGCAAGAAUGUUGUAUGGUUGGCUCAAUGGUAUGUAUGGCAUUGGAUCUACAAAGCGAAACCUGUGAAUUAACGAGACUUACAGUGAAACAGCAGCAAGACAAUAUGGAUGACAUGGAAAUACGGCUUUAUUUGAGGCAAUGA